CCUUCAAUAACUUUUGCAUGUGACUUUGAUUUAGCCCCUUAGAAGACAAUGCCGAGCAGCGGAUAAGAGCAUGGAUACUACAACCAAGCCACUCGAGCUGUCCAACUACUAGCAAACAAAUGGAUUGCUAAGUACCUCAGCUUUCUAGUCUGCAAAUUUCUGUUAUGGAAUUGACCAAAAUGUCAGACAUGACAAAGCUCCAUCAAGCUGUGGCUGCAGGGGACUGUAAUUUAGUGAAAAGGAUUUUGAAGAAAGGUCUCUGUGAUCCAAACUAUAAGGACAUGGACUGGAAUGACCGGACCCCACUUCACUGGGCUGCAAUCAAAGGGCAAAUGGAGGUGAUGCAUCUUCUGAUAGCAUAUGGAGCCAGACCCUGCCUGGUAACUGAUGUGGGCUGGACCCCAGCUCAUUUUGCAGCUGAGUCAGGCCAUCUGAAUGUUCUCAAAACCCUCCAUGCACUGCAUGUUGCUAUUGAUGCCCCUGACUUCUUUGGAGACACACCUAAGAGGAUCGCACAGAUCUACGGACAGAGAGCCUGUGUGGCCUUCCUGGAGAAGGCAGAGCCUGAGUGUCAGAACUACCGACGUGUCGCCCAGCAGAAGGGGCUGCUGCUGGAUGAACUGGACCCAGACUGGGACCAAAAGAAAAAGGAGCUGGAGCUGUCUCUUCCUUCCCGAAACCAAAACACUAACAAAAAGAAUAAGAGAGGCCGAGGAUCUAAGGAGUGGAGAGUGUGAGGAGGAGCCCAGGAACUCUGGCAAAGGACUUUUCCUGGGGCCAGAAGUAGUUUGUUAGGCAUGUGUUGUCUUUAUGUGAUUUCAUUCAGAUACCCUCACCCAGGCUUCUUCCAGAAUCUCAUGGUCUGUCAUUCAAUUUGAAAGUCUUGCCUGAGUUCCCUCUAUAUGAGCUGUUGUCUCCAGGCUAAAACCUGCUGCCCACAAGAAUGACCAGGAGGGGACAAAUGUCAGCCUGUCAGCUGCUUAUCUUUUGUCACCAGUGACUUGUACUAUUAGCAUUUCCUGACGACCACCUUCACCCAU